ACCAUCCUCCCAUCUCCUGUCUCUCUUCUGACUCGCCUUUCUUUUCGACUCUUGCUAUCAAACUCGACCGGCAAGACGAGAUGGCCUACGUUUACAAGCGAGGUGAACGCAAAGAGCGUGUCGCAUUCGACAAGAUCACAGCGCGUAUUGGCAAGCUGUGCUUCGGCCUAGAUCCUAAGCACGUUGACCCAAUUGAGAUUACGAAGAAGGUUGUUGCAGGAGUAUACCAGGGCGUCACGACGGUGGAGCUUGAUAACCUUGCUGCUGAGACCGCUGCGUAUCUCACGACCAAGCAUCCUGAUUACGCCAUUCUCGCGGCCCGUAUUGCCAUUUCCAAUCUUCACAAAGAGACCAAAAAGAAGUUUUCUGCGGUCAUCAGUGAUUUGUACAACUAUGUAAACCCAAGAAACGGGAGGCCCGCUGGUAUGAUCUCAAAGGAGACAUACGAGACUGUCCGGGACAAUGCCGAGCUCCUUGAUUCUGCCAUUGUCUAUGAGCGUGAUUUCCAUUACCAGUACUUCGGCUUCAAGACCCUUGAGCGUUCCUACCUCCUCAAAAUCAACGGCAAGAUUGCUGAAAGGCCGCAACACAUGCUCAUGCGCGUUGCUGUCGGCAUCCAUGGUCGUGAUAUUGAGCGUACUAUCGAGUCAUACAAUUUGAUGUCGCAGCGUUACUUUACCCAUGCUAGCCCCACAUUAUUCAAUGCCGGUACCCCGCAUCCUCAGCUUAGCUCAUGUUUUCUCGUGACUAUGAAGGAGGACAGCAUUGACGGAAUAUACGAUACUCUCAAGCAAUGUGCCAUGAUUAGCAAGACUGCUGGUGGCAUUGGUCUCAACAUUCAUUGCAUUCGUGCAACUGGUUCGUACAUUGCUGGUACCAAUGGAUACUCUAAUGGUAUUGUCCCUAUGCUUCGAGCCUUUGAUGCAACGGCUCGUUAUGUCGAUCAAGGAGGCAACAAGCGGCCAGGGGCUUUCGCAAUUUAUAUCGAGCCGUGGCAUGCUGAUGUCUUCGAAUUCCUUGAUCUCCGAAAGAAUCAUGGAAAGGAAGAAGUCCGCGCUCGUGACCUCUUCUAUGCCCUCUGGAUUCCUGAUCUUUUCAUGAAACGUGUUGAGAGUGACAGUGAUUGGCCUCUUUUCUGCCCGAAUGAAGCUCCGGGCCUCCACGAAGUCUGGGGCGAUGAAUUCGAAGCUCUCUUCGAGAAAUACGAGAAUGAAGGCCGCGCCAAGAGGACUGUCAAGGCUCAGAAGCUGUGGUAUGCUAUCAUUGAAGCUCAAGUCGAAACAGGCGGACCCUUCAUGCUCUACAAAGAUUCUGCCAACCGUAAAUCAAAUCAGCAAAAUCUCGGGACAAUCAAGUCGUCCAAUCUUUGUACCGAGAUCAUUGAGUAUUCGUCUCCUGACGAAACCGCCGUGUGCAACCUUGCCUCCAUCGCUCUUCCGUCCUUUAUCCGGGGUAGCACUUAUGACUUCCAGAAGCUGCAUGAUGUUGCAAAGGUGGUCGCUUUCAACCUCAACCGUAUUAUCGACGUCAACUAUUACCCCGUUCAAGAGGCGCGCAACUCGAACAUGCGUCAUCGCCCAAUUGGCAUUGGUGUCCAGGGUCUGGCUGAUACGUUCAUGGCGCUCCGCCUCCCUUUCGAUUCGCCUGAGGCACGCGAACUGAAUGUUAAGAUCUUUGAGACUAUUUAUCACGCUGCUCUAGAGUCUAGUAGCGAUAUUGCUGCUGUCGAUGGACCCUACUCAUCGUGGAAGGGUAGCCCUGCUGAGCAGGGGAAGCUUCAGUUCGAUCUUUGGGGUGUUGAGCCGAGUGAUCUGUGGGACUGGAAGUCGCUCAAAGAGAAGAUUGCACAGACCGGUCUGCGUAACUCUCUGCUUCUUUCACCCAUGCCAACUGCAUCGACAAGCCAGAUCCUCGGUUUCAAUGAAUGUUUCGAGCCCUACACGAGUAACAUCUACACACGCCGAGUACUAUCCGGAGAGUUCCAAGUUGUCUGCCCAUGGCUAUUGCGUGAGCUCGUUGAGCGCGGUCUGUGGGACGAGCAAAUGCGAAACCUCAUCAUCGCGCACAAUGGCUCAGUACAAAACAUCCCUAGUAUCCCGGACGAUGUGAAGGCAAUCUACAAGACUGUCUGGGAGCUUUCUCAGAAAAAGAUUAUCGAUAUGGCUGCAGAUCGCGGGGCGUUCAUCUGCCAGAGCCAGAGCUUGAACAUCCACUUACAGUCGCCGACGAACGGACAAAUGACAAGUAUGCACUUCUACGGCUGGAAGAAAGGCCUGAAGACCGGAAUGUACUACCUCCGCACGCGUCCCGCUGCACAGGCUAUCCAGUUCACUGUCGACGCUGCUGCUGCUAAGGCUGCUCAGAAACAAGGCAUUCCUGUUGCUGCAGUACCUACCCCAGUAAAGGCUGUGGUCCCCGUUGCUUCGCCUCCACCUGUAGCUGGUGUGAACGGUCGUUCAUCCGAGCCGCCAGCGUCACCAACGCACUCGCAUUACGCAUCGCCUAUACCAGAGCCUCUAAAGGCGGAGGAGCCUGAGCCGUUAUCACUCGACGGCAACGCCUCAAAGGCAGCCGAGGACCCAGAGUAUGCUGCUGCCUUGCAACGCCAACGGGACCGUGAGCUUGCCGAGGCUAAGCUGAUGUGCACUUUGGAGAAUAAGGAGGCAUGCUUGAUGUGCUCGGGUUAAAGAGCCGUGUUGUUUCUCGUUUCUUUUUGAUCGCUGUGCAUUCCUAACAACGUUGUAAUCCCACCCAUGAACUGUGAUCGGCUUGUGUUAGUUAUCCUUGCAUGUUGUUCCUGAUAUGUAUGCUAUGAUAGGAUUGUUCAAUAUAGA